AUGGCUACUAAUCGCAUUACCGUGGUUGUGACUCUCACGGAUUACACUACUGUGUUUCCGACUAGGUUGCACUCGACCUCUGUUCCAGGUGUCACCACAACGCUCACUCUCACGGAUUAUACUACUGUCUUCCCCUCGAGCUCUCGGCCGUCUCCGGGUCACACGACUCCGAAAACCGCGAUGGCUAGCAUCCCUUCCCUAGCGGUCUCACAUUCCUAUAUUCAAUCUUCAUCGGCCUCCAGCCAGAUAUUAAGCAUCAGCCUCCCGGUAAGCAGACACUCUUCCACUACACCAAGCUCAUUCACACCUUCCAGCCCAAUCUCAACGGUGAGCAGCAGCUUGGAGGCAAUUCUCCCCUCGUUCGUCUUCCAAACCCCGACUACUUCAACCUUCUCAUCUUCAAUCACUUCCAGCUUGAGCUCAAGCUCAAGCUCCAGCACUAGAUCACGUCCCAUCCCUAACCCCGGACUUCCCACAGGCUGGCGCACCCCCGAACCGGCCGUGGAGAAGCAUUACAACGAUGUACUACCGAUUCUAAUGAUCCUGUGGCUGGUCUUCAUUGCGCUCUUCUUCCUCGGCGCACUCGUCUACUUCGCGUGGCGCUUUGCGCGCGGUCACUGCGCGGACUGCAAUCUCAAGACUGCCGAGGUUAUUCACUUGAAGGCCCAGCUUGCGGGGAGGAACUCUGUUACAUCAGGAAUGGUAAAGCAAAGAGAGGCGGGCAUGAGCAUGGGGCUGGGCAGGGGUCAAGAAGUGAGCGUUAGCAAGAGGGACUUGCAAGGUGAGGGAACCACGUUUAGACUUCAUGAUCCUGAGAGGGGUAUUCAUGUCAAAUUGAGCAAAGAAGCAGGGAGUCCACGGCCUCCCCCGCACUCGGAGAGCGAGGACCCUUUCUACCUGGAGAAUGCUGUCCCCGUUAGAUCGCACUGGUCCGAUGGCACGAUUAAGACUACCAGUAACAACUCUGCUGAGCAGACGAGUGCGCACUCCGCAACCGCUUUGUUUCGCAGUGGACUGAGCAUGGAAGAAAAUCGCGCGCUGGCGCUGGCUGAGCUUGAGAGGAAUCAUUCCGUGACAAAGGAGGAAUUGAAGGUCCCAAUCCCGUUCUGGAAGCGGACGCUUGCUCGCGUGGAUUUGAGGGGCGUUGACCGUGUGGAGAAGUUUGAGCGCGAUGAGCCUGGCACUGACAAGUUUGUCGCAGGGCCAGAAUAUCGGCCGUCGAUGCGUGGUCCACUGCGCACGUUUUCAAGGCCGGGUCCUCCACCCGCGCCCCCAGUCAUACGCGCUCCCACGGAUCCAUAUGUUUUCUACCCACGGAGCGCAUAUUUUCAAGACACCGGCGACUCGAGCAGCGGCCGUGGAAGCAGCAAUGUUGCUCCAAAGCAGUAUCCCCAGCCCACACCUCAGUCGAAGAAGAGUGAGUUUAUCACAGUCGGACUUGACGAUGAUGUAGACAAUCGGGUCGAUAUGCGACGGGCGGCUGGGAUCAGGUAUAAGCACCGGACUAGUGGUUAUAGGGGUAUAGCGUCUCUUCUUCCGGAGGCCGUAGCGAAUGAUUUGAGUCACUGA